UGACGCCAUCAAGUCCCAGCCUGCUUUGCGCGGCGCCCGACUGGAAGGUGACACGAAAGGAUAAAAAGGAGAAAAACUAAUCAAAAAAGAGGAUAUUAAGCGCGAGGUCAACGAUGGCCUCCGCGUACCUCAGCCACCAGCAGAAAGUUCUGCGACUCUACAAGAAGUCGCUGAGACAUAUCGAGUCCUGGUGCAUUUUUCGGGACAAGUACCGCUUCUACGCGUGCCUUCUGCGCGCCCGCUUUGACGAACACAAGGACGAGAAAGACAUGAUAAAGGCCACCAAGCUGCUGAAGGCCGGCGAGGAGGAGUUCUGGGACAAGCAGCACCCGCAGCCCUACAUCUUCCCAGACUCGCCCGGCGGGACAUCCUACGAGCGCUACGAGUGCUACAAGGUCCCAGAGUGGGUCUUGGAGCACUGGCACCCAUCCGAGAAGGCCAUGUACCCCGACUACUUUGCCAAGAGGGAACAGUGGAAGAAGCUGAGAGAGCUCAGCUGGGAUAAAGAGGUGGCUCAGUUGCAGGCGGAGACUCCGGCCGACGGACCCAAGACUGAAGCGCUCCCUCCAGCCCGCCGCGAGGGCGACCUGCCGCCUCUGUGGUGGCAGUUCGUCACCCGCCCCAGGGAGCGCCCCACAUGAAUGCUUCACUUGACUUCAGAUGACCGCUGUGAUGAGCGUGAAUAAUCCCUCCACCUCCCUAACACGUAAAUAAAGAUGUGAUGAAGAAAUGACUUUUUUUUUUUUCUUGUCAAAAUGCA